AGCGUUUACACCAUCGGUCCCCAUACGAGAAGUUGUCCCAAUAGAUCAAUAGACCCAAAUUUAGAUUGUUUUUUGAAAUUAGUCAUGUUCAAAUCACAUUUGUAUGUGAUCUACAUCUGUGUCUACCUUGCGUUCGUCGCGGGGCAGGACGACGAUGACCCAUUGGUUGUGUGCCCACCAAAGGUCGGAUGCAUCAAAGGCACUACUAUGAAAGGCUAUCAAACUCCAUUAUUUGAGGCUUUCUUGGGCAUACCCUAUGCCGAGCCACCGAUUGGGUUUCUAAGAUUCAAGAGCCCACAAGUAAAACAAAAAUGGGAUAACACUUAUAAUGCUACUAUACCCAAAAAUGAUUGCAUACAAAAGAAUUAUCUCUUACCUACUCCUCUAAUAUAUGGCGAAGAGGAUUGUCUCUACUUAAACGUCUACAGACCAGAGGUUCGUAGGGAUACUUUACCCGUAAUGGUUUAUAUACACGGAGGUGGUUUCUUCAGCGGUUCGGCUGGUCCUUAUAUAACUGGACCGGAGUAUUUUAUGGACACACGGGAGGUAAUUUUGGUUACAAUGGCUUAUAGAUUGGGACCUUUUGGCUUCCUGUCCACUGGCACUCGAGAUAUGCCUGGUAAUUACGGGCUUAAAGAUCAGAACUUGGCAUUACGUUGGGUCCGCGAUAAUAUAGCCUCUUUUGGUGGCGAUAAAAACCAGGUGACCAUCUUUGGGCAGAGUGCUGGGGGCGUUUCCACCCAUAUGCAUUUAUUGAGUCCUGCCUCUAACAAUCUCUUCCAAAGAGUGAUUAGCAUGAGUGGCACGGCCAAUGUUCCUUUUGCCAUUACCAAGAAUCCUCUGAGACAAGCUCGAAAACUUGCAAGUCUGGCCUUUAUUAAGAAUGCGUUUAAACUGCCUGUAUUCAAGCUAGCUACGCUUCUAAGAGAAGUUCCUGCAAUAAACCUAAUAAAUGCCGGUGAUGGCCUUAAGUAUUGGGAUGUGGAUCCCUUAACCAACUUCCGUCCGGUAGUAGAGCCUCCAGGAAAGGAUGCAUUCCUUACUGCUAAGCCAAGUUCGCUGAUGAGAAGAAAUGAAUAUCAGAAACGGCCUUGGCUUAUUGGCACCGUCCCCGAAGAAGGAGCCGUUCGUGUUGUCAAUAUAAUGGAAAAUAACACAUUACGUAAUCAGUUUAAUGACCGACUCGAAUAUUUAUUUCAAUCGUUACUAGAGUGGCCCCGUAAGUUAAGUCCAUUGCAGACAAAGGACAAAACAGAUAGUGUCGUACUUGAAUACCUAUCCGGUAUUUACGAGUUAAACAAUAGAACCAGAUCUGGAUUUUUGGACACAAUCACCGACAGAGGUUUCAAGCAUCCUCUCUAUGACGCCAUCAGCUGGUAUGCUGCAAGCACUAUGAGAGUCCAGUCUCCUAUAUUCAUGUACAACUUCAACUAUAAAGGUCCUUUUAGCUUUGCCUCGCUUUACACUCAAGCAAAUGUGACCGGAAAUUACGGAGUUGUUCAUUGCGAUGAUUUAAUAUAUUUGUUCCGUAGUCCUAUUAUAUUUCCCGACUUUCCUAGGUUUUCCAAUGAGGCCAAGGUAAUUGAUUGGUUUGUGAAGUACUUUGUUAAUUUUGCCAAAUUGGGAUAUACCGCCUUUGUUCCGCUGCUCGGAGAAUGCUCCACGUCAGUUUUAGAAAAGCGUCCGAAUGGCAUUUGUGACUAUCAUGAAUUUGUAAACGAUGAGUUCAACCCAAGUGGAUUCGAAGUGAAAGUGAAUUCCGCAUUUCCAACUGAAAGAGUUAAAAUGUGGCAAAGGUUAUUGGAUCAAAGAGUGUUCAUGUUCAAAUCACAUUUGUAUGUGGUCUACAUCUGUCUUUGCCUAGCGUUCGUCUCGGCGUUGGGCGAUUAUGACCCAUUGGUUGUGUGCCCUCCAAAAGUCGGUUGCAUCAGAGGCACUCAUAUGAAUGGCUAUCAAACACAAAGUUUUCAAGCUUUCAUGGGCAUACCGUAUGCAGAGCCACCUGUAGGUCCAUUAAGAUUCAUGAGUCCCCAGGAUAAACCCAAAUGGAGGGGCACUUAUAACGCGACUAUGGCCAAAAUGGAUUGCAUACAAAAGAAUUAUCUCUUACCUACUCCAAUAAUAUACGGCGAAGAGGAUUGUCUCUACUUAAAUGUCUACAGACCAGAGGUUCGUUCGGGAACUUUACCCGUAAUGGUUUAUAUACACGGCGGUGGUUUCUUUAGUGGUUCAGCUGGUCCUUAUAUAACUGGACCGGAGUAUUUUAUGGACACACAGGAGGUAAUUUUGGUUACAAUGGCUUAUAGACUGGGACCUUUGGGUUUUCUGUCUACCGGACAUAGCGAUAUGCCUGGCAAUUUUGGUCUUAAAGAUCAGACAUUGGCAUUACGUUGGGUCCGAUAUAAUAUAGCCUCUUUUGGUGGCAAUAGGAACAAGGUGACCAUCUUUGGUCAGAGUGCUGGAGGCGUUUCCACCCAUAUGCAUUUAUUGAGUCCCCUCUCGAACAAUCUCUUCCAAAGAGUGAUUAGCAUGAGUGGUACGGCGAAUGUUCCUUUUGCCAUUACCAACCAGCCUGAGGAACAAGCUCGAAAAAUCGCGGAACUGUGUGGAAUUCAAAAUGCAGACCUUCUACUUACAUCCGAAAUUACUGAAGCCCUAAGAAAAGUCGAUGUUUUAAAACUAAUCAAUGCCGGCGAUGGCCUUAAAUAUUGGGAUGUGGAUCCCCUAACCAACUUCCGUCCUGUCGUAGAGCCUCCAGGAAAGGACGCGUUUCUAACUGCCUCGCCAGAGGCGCUGAUAAAAAGACAUGACUAUCAAAAACGACCCUGGCUUAUUGGAACCGUCCCCGAUGAAGGAGCUGUGCGUGUUGUCAAUAUCAUACAUAAUGGCACAUUACUUCAUCAAUUUAAUGACCGAUUUGAGUAUUUAUUCGAAGCCUUAUUGGAGUGGCCCACAUGGUUUAGUCCACGAACGACAAAGGACAAAACAGAUAGCGUCGUAUUUGAGUACCUUCAAAAUGUUAAUCACAUAAACAGUAGGACUAGGCAAGGCUUUAUGGACACGAUCACCGACAGAGGUUUCAAGCAUUCUCUCUAUGACGCCAUCAGAUGGUAUGUCGCUCAUUCGCCGUCGGGCAGGUUUCCCGUAUACAUUUACCGGUUUAACUAUAAGGGACCCUAUAGCUAUGCAUCGCUUUAUACCCAAGCAAAUGUGACCGGAACGUAUGGAGUUGUUCAUUGCGAUGAUUUGAUAUAUUUGUUCCGUAGUCCCAUUUUAUUUCCGGACUUUCCUAAGGAUUCCAGAGACGCCAAAGUAAUCGAAUGGUUUGUGAGGUACUUCGUCAAUUUUGCCAAGUACGGAUAUAUGGUCGAUGCUCCGCCGAUAAAAUAUUGCGAAGCUAAUGUCUUAGAAUCACAGCCCGACGGAAUAUGCGAAUAUCAUGAAUUCGUGAACGAUAUGUACAAUCCAAGUGGAUUUGAAUUGCGCGUAAAUACGGAAUUUCCAACUAAGAGAGUUAGACUAUGGCAAGAGUUAUUGGACGAAAGAGCGUAAGAGAGUGUAAACUGUAAAGCUAGUUUAAUAAACUUUAAUGAUCAAGCCUAA